AAGUCAAGUUUCCCGUGCAACCAUCGCAACGAAGUAAAAACCGUUUUAACCCAUAUGGCGAAACGAUUGCCGCAGUCCUGCAUUGAUCCCAUGGCCGCGUCCACCCGAUCGCCGUCCUUUGAUGGCGCAGGACGACUGAGUGCAGCGGAAGCACUUCGAUUGUCCUCGUCCGACGACAUGAACCCACCCAUGAAGCCCAACGAUGCGACGGCUUCGUCGCUUCUGUCUGUCGGGGCAGACUGCUUCAAGGUUGUCGUGGACACCGGUGUAUCCGAAGUGGCCAUGUUGCAACACUUGUACGGCACGAUGGACUAUUACGGUCACACGGUCACUGUCAAGAUUAUCACGGGCGCGACCCUCGUCGUUCUUUACCUAUAUGUAAGCGGCACGUCCGUGAUCAACCUAGAAGCGUACGACCCUGUGGUGGUGGAUCAUGCCAUUGCCGCCAUCGCGCUGUCCGGGCCCGUCGGGUACGCGCUCCUUCUCAACAUGUAUUACUCGGACGUGGAAACUCCCGUGGGCCUCACGCUUCUCACCCUGCGCAUCUCGUGCUGCUGCAUCAUCGGCGCUGCCUUGACCGUUUUCCUCGCCGAGUGCUUCACGAGGCGACUAGUCAUCUCCCUUGUGCUCAUGGGUUAUGGUGCGUGGGGUAUCGGGUAUGCUUGGUCCGUGCCGCUCUGGCGAUGGUACAUGUACGAAGUCCGCCGCCACGGCCUCGUUGCGUUUUUGCCUGCCGGGCUCCAGGACACCCUGCUUCGCAUGACCCUGCUGGAAUGGCUCACCGACACGACGUUUGCUGACAAGAUGCGCGACUACUUUCCAUUCUUCCUGCCGCUGGACAACUCGGAGCAGCAGCGAGUGGUGCACAGCCUUCCGACGGACACCCAGACCAUGAUGAAGAAGCCGGGGCUUGUACAUUUGCUGCCGUCGACCCUGCAGGAAGUGCUUCUGCCAUCUCCGGAAUACUUUUCGGACUCGACCGAUGUCGUGACGUCAAUGCCUCCGUUGCCGGCAACGCCGUCGUUAUCUCGGAUCGGCGAGGACUCCAGAACAGCAUCCACCUCCGCUGUACGUGCUGACGUGUGAAAACGCAGAACUCUUCGCUUGAUCCAUCCACUUUUGCACCUGUAGACCCAAGCCACGGCAUCCAUGGUCGGAUUUGACUUUCACCGGAUCGAGCCGUCGUCGGGUAGUGCCACGUCGUCGUCCUCGAAUGUGUUAACUGCGAUUCUCCAAGACAAGAUUUCGAGGUAGCAUUUCAUCAUACGCGCUGUGGCUUGGAUUGACAUUGUGGUCCGCAGUACGGUGGUGUCGCUCGUCCACAUGCCGUCUCCCUCUGUGCUGAAUCGAACAGCGGCAAUCUCGAGCUUUCUCUUUGCCUUGCAGUUGACUCAAUCGUCGAAAGCACGCGUUCACUUUGUCCUCCUCCUUCGUGUCGUGUGCCUCGCCGUUCUCGGCACCGUUGCGACCACUGCAGUGUCGUUGCGAGUGAUCCAGGUCCUGACGGCAAUGCCGUCGUCUCGAAAGUACCUGGCACUUGUCCAAGAGCUGUGGAUGCGGAGGCAGAAUGGGCAGCGUCGUCUCACAGACGGUGGUGCGGCUAAGACUACUGCCGCGCUUGUCACGGCCACCAAGUAUGGCGCCGCCGCGAUGGCUGCGGCGUGGGUUUUGAAAAACCUACGAAAAUGACCCGACAUUUAAAAAUGCUUUUUAAAUAUUUUGAUUUUGGUUGAUGACUGC